CCCUCAUAGCCUCGUAGGCUCCCUCAACCGUCUCUUUCCUUCGCUUCUCUCUCUCUCUCUCUCUCUCUAUCUCUAUCUUUCUUAGAAGACAAUAGUAAAUUCAUAUGGAGAAGAUUGAAGGUUUUGUAAUCCUACACUUAUAGAAAACGGCACCGCUUCCCUAAUCUUUUGGAAAAACCCAGGGUUUUUGUUUUGACAAUGGAGAAAGCAGAAAUCGAAAGCUCAAAACCUUUGGAAACUCCUCCAUUCUCUUUCACUCGCCGCCGGUCACACCUCAAGAGCGAAACUUACUACACCUUAGUUCGGAUUCUCUCACAUUGCUACGACAAAUCUCAGUGUUCUCUCGCUGAUCAAGUUGUACCUCAGGAGCAAAAUCCAGAUUUUGGCAAUGAUGAAGUGGGGAAAGCAACUGGGAAUGAAAUGUGUGAGAGUGUUGAAUUGGUCGGACCUGAUAGAGUGGAGCCUAGUAAUUUGGCAAUUCAGAAAGAGACUGUAUCUAAUCAGAGUUUCGAAGCUGUUGGUGUCCAAGACAAAGGGUUUAGUGAUGCACAAGAUAUGGUGAUAGAUGAGAUAGAGAGAAUAAUGGCUGUAGAAGAAAACGAGGAUUUUCUAAAACAGAUGGACACGAUGCUCGGUGAGAGGACUGAAGAGGUUGGCCUCCAAGAUAAAAGGUUUGAUAAGGAAAGAAUUUUAAUGGAUGAGUUAGAGAAUAUUGUAAAUGGCAAUAUGGAACCUGUCCAUGAAAUUAGCGAUGAUCCCUUUACGAGAUCUUUAGACAAUAACCAAAGUGGCAGUGAUAAAGUUGUCCCAAUGAAUAACCCCAAAGAACAUUUUGAUGGUCAAGAAUUUGUUAUGGAGAAAGCUGGGACUGCUCAGAGGAAUUCUAAGCAUUCUGACAUGUUAUUAGACAAGACUGAGAUUGGUGAAGUUCAAUAUCAAAGAGAGAAUGGUGAAGAAAACAGCUUGUCAUUGAAGGCUAAUUUGUUGGGCAUAGAGCAUGAGAUGCAUCAGGCAGACAUGGAAGUGAAGAAAUUGGUUCCUUAUAGCUGUGCAAUGAAUUCCACUAUUCCUAUCACUGAGAAUGCUGAAAUUGAGAAGGGAGAAUACUCUAGUCAAAAGAUUUCCGAAGCCUCUGACUUGUCUUUAGAUAAAGAUAUGAUCUGUGAACCUUUGAAACCAAGUGAGAGUAUGGAAGAAAAAAGUCACUUGCCAAAGACUAAUGCAUUGCAAAUGGAGUUCGAAACUCAUCCAAAUGAGAAGGAAUUGGAGAAAUCAGUCUGUAGUGGUGACUCAUUGAAUUUUCCCAAUCAUAUGACUCUAGAUGGAGACAUCGAAGAAGGAGAAAUUUCUGGUGAUGAUGGAAAAGGUGAUAAAUCAUCGUAUAUGUUUUUAGAAGAUGCUAUAGUGUCAGAGAAGAAGAAAGUAGAUGAGGUGCAAGCAUCUUUAGAUGUAAUUGAGAAAAAAAGUUUCCAUUGUGGUGAGGUGAAUGGAGCAAGUAAAACAAGUUUUGGGUUCACUACCUCUAGAGUGGACACACUUGACGAGGCUAAUGAUAGUAGGGAAGUUGAACCCAAAGAAAAUGAUAGAAACAACAUGGCACUUAGACCUAAAAUGGUUGUUCACAAAAAGUCCUUGAAUGCUAAAAAGACAGAUAGGCACGACCUUUUGGUAAAGGAGGAAGAAAUAAAAAAGAAAGGCAGUGGGGCCAAGGAGGGUAUUGUUAAUCCACCAGCUCAUCCUAUAAACACAACCAGUUCCCAUGGAAUCACAUCUACUGACAAGCAAGAUGCUAGUUCCUGUAAUAAGAAAAAGCGGGGCCCUUCUUCUGAAGAAAAGAAAGCAAAGAAAAAGCAAAAAGAUCGAAAGAGACGAGCAGAAAAGAACAGAGCACUUGGUGUUAAAAGGUUGAAAAUUCAUCCAGUAGCGACACCAAAAAAAAUAACAUAUUGUCACCAUUAUCUCAAGGGACGGUGCCAACAGGGUGACGAGUGCAAAUUUUCACAUGAUACAGUACCUUUGACAAAAUCCAUGCCCUGCUGUCAUUUUGCACGUCACUCAUGCAUAAAAGGGGAUGAUUGUCCGUAUGAUCAUCAGCUUUCCAACUAUCCCUGUGACAAAUUUGUGAAAGGUUUCUGUAGCAGAGGCGAUGAUUGUAUGUUUUCACACAAGAUACCAACAAAGGAAGAUUCUGCAGCUGCUUCAAAUGAUUGCAAACCUGAAAUGAAGUCUCCAUCCUUACCAGGUAAUACAAAUAUUAGUAAGCAACUGAAUGUCACAGGCAGUUCGUUGAAGAAUGUUGAUGUCUUGCCUGCUUCCAUGGGAGCACAUUGUCACGCAAAUGUGAAGACUCUAGUGAAACCACCUGCGCUUGCACCCAAAGGAAUUAGCGUUUUCACUGCUGGGAAAUCUUCAGUGGUUAAUUCAAGCAUGCUUAAGCAAGGAAGCUCCUCUCCAAGUAGGAAUGGAGGAGCUAAAGUCAGGAGUAAGGCAGUUCCAAGUGCGUCAGACACACUUCAAAAUAUGAAUGUGAUUCCAACAAGAACUUCACCAUCUUUGGUACCCAAGGGAAUAAAUUUUCUCUCAUUUGGCAAAGCUCCUUUGGACGAUUCUAUUAGUAAACAAGUGGCUAGCUUGCAUUCAAACAGGGACAGUGGUACUAAACUUACAAUGUUAGACCAUUUAAAUUUGCAGAAACUCGAUAGUUUAUCCCCAAAUAAUGAUGUUAGCAUCAAAAUUGGCAACCAGGCAAGCCAAAGUGCAUCAAAGACAAUUCAAAACUUGAAUGAGAUGGUAAAGAAAACUCAACCUCUGACUACACCACAGGGAAUGAACUUUCUAUCUUUUGGAAAAGCCUCAGUAGAUGAUUGUAGUAGUAAGAUGAAGGCCAGCUUUCCCUUCAGUUGCAGUACAGGUAUUGAUAGAGCUAUUCUACAGGGACAAACUGCACCUGAUAAAUCUCAGAACACAAGUGCAAUCUCAUCAAGGCUGCCUGCUUCUCCACUUGCUUCAGGUCAAUCUUCAGACAACUCAGCAUCUGUGAAUUAUAAAGAUGCAUCAAAAUCAACUCAGAAAGCACUAUCAUUGAUGCUAUCUGCAGCAAAGUAUGGAUCAGAAAUGCGACUGAAUCGGUCCGUUGGUGCUCUUGGUGUCAGUGCCGAGGUUGGUAAGGCAAAUACUAGAAAUAAAAGUAGAAGUUCCCAGAAUGAUUUGGCAAAAGCUUCAAAAAUUUUGGACUUCUUGUCUAGUGGCGCUAGUAAGACCAAGCAGUGAAGAGUAAAGACGGUAGCCCAAGUGCUGAACAAAGAAUAUAUGUACAUGGAGAUGAGUGGCAUGAAAGUUUCCAUGUAGGCAAACUGUAAGUUGGGACUGAGGCUGUGGUGUCUGAUCAGUUGGAGUAACACACAGCAGUAUCAAGGUUUUCCUUUUAAAGGUGUUACGGCUUCUCUUUUGUACUUCAGUGGUACAAUGUUGUAUCUUUCAGCUUCUUUUCAGAAGCUGUAAAUCAGAUGGAAUAUGAUUGCACGAGAUCUUUGCUUUGAAAGGGACUUCAGAUUGGCUUUAUUCUUGUAUAUUCUAUAAACUGGUUCUAUCGAAAAGCCAAUCACAUGUGACUAGCAUCUUAGAGUUGAGUUCAAGAGUAUUGUAGCAAUGGUUUUAUGGAAAUUACUCACUUUUACCUUGAGAUCGAUUCUCAAGUGUUUGCUGCUUGCCAACUCUUGAUGGGAUAUUGAUAAUCAAUCUACCUUUUAGAUGCCUGUUCCUUGCAAGUUCCCCUUCUCUCAUUUGGGUGGAGCCCUUUGCGGUUGCUUAUUCAGGUUGCUUUUUCGAAUGCACUUGUCUGCUCGUCCCAAUAUUAUAGGUGUAUGUUAGAUCAAUAGAAAAUCCUAGUCAAUCUCUCACUUAUGGUGUCAAAUUGAAGAUCCAAUGCUCAAAUUUACAGACAGUAAAUUUUGAAAUGGGAAUGUGUCAAUGCUGCAGGAAAGAUCUGUAUAUGAUUUUAGUGCUCAACCAUGCUGGGUAAAAUAUCCAUAUCAUUGUAUCAGAUGAUAGAAAGAUGGAAAACCAGUCUAGUUUCCUCAAAGCAGUCUCCUUUAGUGAUUCAAAAAUUCAAAAAAAAAAAAAAAAA